AUUUGAAUAUUUUACCCUCCUAAAUUUAUAAGAUUGUUGCAAUCAAAUCAUUUCAGUUUGAGUAAUUACUCUCCUAAAGCUUACAAAAUUGUUGUAAUAGAGCAGAACUGAUGCAUACCAUGUUGAGAAGAUCUUAAAUCUAACUAUGACAAAUAAUCAUGGUGAUUAGGGUUAGUAUUAUAAACAGUGCUCAAUUCAAACAAGUUGUCAUUCUCUGCUGAUCUAGAAAUAAACAUCAAGUAAGACUUCAAUUAACUUUACUUUUUGUUCCAUUUGGUUCUUAUAAUCGACAGCUAUUAGUUUCAAUUAAUUUAGUAUUUUGAGUGAAGUUUCGGUUUGUCUCUAUAUGAUUUUAAACAUUCCAAUUUUGAUCCUCUAGAAUUUAGUUAAACCUCACCAAUAUCUGUACACUAGCAAAAAAUUCACAACUCUACAAGUAGAUAGCAAAACAAUGAGUCAAACUAAAAACACAAGUUCAUUAACAUGUAAAUAAAAAUAAUUGCUUUGGACCAAAAAUGUCUCAGAAGUCAGAACCAAUUAUAUUUUAAUCCAUAAAUUAUCCAUAGAAGCCGAAAGCCGAAAAAGAAAUGAGAAUUGAAUUGAAUGAACCACAUUACAAGUUUUGGGGAAUCGAUGAGUGGAAGCAUUUUGAGGUGAGGAGAUUGGAUUUGAUUUGAUUUCGGCGGCGAUGAACUCCGUCUUAUCUCCUCCAUCCAAAUCCGCUGCCAUUUUUUUAAACCCUAAGAUUUCUGCUCCUCCAUGCUCUUUUUUUACUGCUUCUCGAAUACCUACGAGAACACCGUAUUCCUCGCUUCGUCUCUGCUCUUCUUCUUCAGAUAAUCCGCUUGUCGCCGUUUCAUCUCCGACCACCAAUGCUCCUCUUGACGCACUCCGAUCUGCUUCUGAUGUCGUGAGGGACUUCUACGGCGGAAUCAACCGCCGUGACCUCACCUCCGUCCACCACCUCAUUGCUGACAACUGUGUUUAUGAGGACCUUAUCUUCUCUCGUCCUUUCGUCGGUCGCGAGGACAUUCUACUUUUUUUCAAAAAGUUCAACGAUUCCAUCAGCAAGGAUCUACAGUUUGUUAUCGACGAUAUAUCCACCGAAGACUCAUCAGCAGUGGGCGUCCUUUGGCAUUUAGAAUGGAAAGGGAAAGAGUUUCCUUUCAGCAAGGGAUGCAGCUUUUAUCGCUUGGUUAUUGCUGAUGGCAAUAGACAAAUAAUCUACGGUCGAGAUAGUGUUGAGCCUGCAAUCAAGCCAGGGGAGAUGGCUUUGACAGCCAUUAAAGGUGUAACUUGGCUUCUGGAACAAUUCCCUCAAUUAGCAGAUCGGAUGUAAUCCCUCUGUGUCUCAAGGAGGAAUUUAUUGAUGUAUUACAGCCGAUAUUCUUUAGUACAUAUAUGUAUAUCUAGCAAUAGGUCAAACUGUAUAAACUUUACAAGGUCCAAAAAUAGUAUUCUUUUUUUUUUUAAUAAGAAAAUAGUGUUGUUCUUCAAUUGCUUUGUAUGUAUGAGUUAUGUUAUUUAGAAGAAAGAAUUAUGUCAA